AUGGCAAUGCCCCUAGCCAAAAAAGCUAUCGCACCGCUUGCAACAGGAGCGUUAUCAGGAUUAGCCAGUUUAGGUGUGGAUAAAAUAUUCGGGAAAGGUCAACGAGGAGGUUUUCUUAUUCCACAGGAAAAAAUAGCACAAUUGAUUGCGUACAAACAUUUACUAUCCACAGGCCAGAAAAGGGAUAUUCUCAAUGCUCUCCAAACUGGUAACGGAUUAGUUAUCAGACCGACGAAAACACAGCAGGGUGGUUUUUUAGGAACUCUGCUAGCGAGUAUAGGAGUCCCACUAUUACUAACGCAUUGA